UCUGCUUCUAGGUUGCUGUGAGGAAGUAGCUUCCCUGGAGCCAGGCAGGGCCCUGUUUGCCUCACGGAGCUAAGGUGGUCUUUCUGGGCUGCUGUUUGAGCCCGGGGGUGGGGUGGGGGGCCUGUGAGGGCAGUCCUGGCCAACCCCAGACAGACAGCUGAGCCCAAUUUGGGCUGAUGAGUCUCUCAACCCCCUGGAUUUUUUCUGGGAGCAGGAGCAGCUUUAGAAUGCCAUCUGGGGUUGGAGUUGAGCUAGGGCCACCCUCACACCAGCUGUGGAUCUUGAACAAGGGCGGGCCGGGCUCCCCGGAGUCCCGACCAACUGCUGCCUCCACCCGUUCUAGAGCUAGCAAACUCUUACCUUGGCCUCCAUCUGGUGCCUUGAGGGUGUGGCCCUGUCUCCGGCCACCACCCUUCCUUGUCUAGACUUGCCUGAGUAGAGAGGAACUUGUGGGGAAAUCUCCCAGCAGGGGCUGUCCCUGCUUUGGUGUGCCAUGGGGUUAGCCAUGUAUGAGUGUCACCCGGGGACUGUGGGAAGGGGUCCCUUGGAGCAAGAUUCCCUAGCCAAGGAACUGUAGGUUUCAAAACAGCUCAAGCCUUCAAAGCUCCAGCUGCGCCGUGCUAUCGUGGCACUGAGGGUGGGUAGCUGGGUGCAGCAAACCCGGGCGACGCUGAAAAGGCCUUUGCCAAGCCGUCACCCAGGCCCUCCCUGGCCUUUCCGGCCACCAGCCCCCUCCCCCCACCUCACGCUGAACCCCAGAUCAGGGAAGGCGCGGGAGGGGACGGCCUCGCGCAGCACUGGGGUCCUCGGCGCGCCCCGUCACUGAGGGGGAGGGGAGGGGGCAGCGGCGCGCGGGGCGGGGUCGCGCAGGCUCCGCCCCGGCCGCACGCCUGCCCGCGCCGCCCAUUGGUCCUGAGAGCGGUGACUCGCGGGCAGAGCAGGAAGGAAACCGCUCCCGAGCGCGGCGGCGUCGUCUCCAGGCCGUGCGGCUGCCGCUACAGCCAGCCAUCCGUCCGCUUGUCGGCUUGCCAGUCCACCCGCAGCAUGAGCGGCCUGCGCGUCUACAGCACGUCGGUCACCGGCUCCCGCGAAAUCAAGUCCCAGCAGAGCGAGGUGACCCGCAUCCUGGAUGGGAAGCGCAUCCAGUACCAGCUAGUGGACAUCUCCCAGGACAACGCCCUGCGGGAUGAGAUGCGAGCCUUGGCGGGCAACCCCAAGGCCACCCCACCCCAGAUUGUCAACGGGGACCAGUACUGUGGGGACUAUGAGCUUUUCGUGGAGGCUGUGGAACAAAACACACUGCAGGAGUUCCUGAAACUGGCCUGAGCCCACUGGACUCCCAUCACCACGUCCCCCCGCAGCCACCGCCGGCCAUGAAGGACCUUGUGACCAACUCCCUGUCAUUCCUAGCCUUCCGACCUUGGAAUCUCUCCCCGCAACCCAAGCCCCCCUCCUCCCCUUCUCUAAUUUAGCCCCCUCUUCUCCAUUCAAAGGCAACAUUCCUUACCCACUAGUCUCAGAAAUUGUCUUAAGCAACAGCCCAAGUGCUGGCUGUUGUCAGCCAGGCCCUGAGGCUGCCACCCUGCCUGGCACUGGCUGAUGGGCACCUUUGUGGGUUCCAUUAGCCAGGGCUCUGCCAAAGGCCCCGCAUUCCUUGUCCCCUAGAGACAAUUAAAUGUCCCAUUCCACUGA